AUGGAAAAUAAAAUAAAAGAAGAAAUUUUGGAUUAUAUAUCAAAUAAUUUAUCAUCUAUACAAUUCAAGUCAUUGAGAGAGAACGAGGUUGAAGCGACUGAUGACGAAAAAUUAUCCGUGAUAAAACAAACAUUGAGAAAUGAUCCCGCAUUGUUUUUAACAAGGUGGGGUAAAUUUUUACCUAAAAAUGAAUUAGAAAAAUUCGAGUGUUUAAGAAAUGAUUAUGAAGUAAAUUGGUAUUUAAACAAAUUACUUUCUACACAAAAUCGAAAUACAAUCUCUUCAUCAAUAGCAAGUGAACCUCCAAUAAUAUCAAGGCAACUUUUACCAAAUUCAAGGCAUAAUAAACAAAUUCUUAAUAGAAGAUUUAAAUAUCUUACAACAAAACUCGACAAUACGUCAUAUUUUAGUAAUGAAGCAAUGGAAAUGAGAGAACCAAGUUUAUAUGAAGAUUAUGUUGUAGUUAAUGUAGAAAAUAUUGAAAUGGAAGGAAAUGAUAGUGUGACAUCUGCUGUGAAUAACGAAGUUCCGCAGAUAUCUGAUGAAGAAAAGGAACAACUUCGAGCUGAUCUUGUGGAUAUAAUGAGAGAGAAAUUCAUGUCUGGUGAAGAUCCCGACUUUGAUUAUGAUUCGGUAGAUUUUAAUGAGGAAUACGAUGAUAUUUAUACGCAAGAACAAGAAAUACAUGAGAAAUAUUUUGAUAAUGAGGAACCAAAUGACACUGAAGUUGAAAAUGGAACUGGAGAAUAUGAUUAUUAA